CUCGCAGCCCGCCUUGCCACACGCAGCCGCCAGCAGUCUCGCACCAUGCAUCUCGCCAGCCUGGUAACCUCCCUGGUCGCAGUAGUCCUGCUCCUCGUCACCCCAGCGAGGCCAGCAUGGGCGAACCAACUCUCAAACAACUACGUGUCAGACUACGAGAUGGAGCAAACAGCGCCCCUUCUUAGCAUCCUGGAGCUGAUUUCCAAGCUGCGACAGACAAGCGGCAUCGCUGAAGACCCAGCGGCGAAGCGCGGCCUGGACCUGGGCAUCAACCGCGGCUUCUCGGGCGCGCAGGCGGCUAAGCACCUGAUGGGCCUGGCUGCAGCUCAGUACGCAGCAGGGCCCGGCCGCAGGCGCCGCGACACACACCAGCAGCCCGCGGGCGCCCCCUCCGCGUAGGCCGCCCGCCGGACACCACUCGUAGCGCGACAGUAGCUCCUACCGUAGUACUGCACUCACCGUCUAUUUACUGUUGAGUCAUCUAAUAAACCACU